CAAUAGGCUACACAUGUUUUGCGCCUCUCAGAGGACAGCGUCAAACUAAACCGUGACCGUGCUGAAAUUAAAUAAAAAUUGGAAAUAAUGGCUUCUAUUCCACUGGUGCUGCUACUUUUAAUGUCUUCUUUGGCGCUUUACUGGGCAGUUUAUACCGGACCGUUAAAACCGGAAAUGUCCAACGGGACUUUUCAUCACUUCUUCGUACCGGACGGAGAUUAUGAGGAUAAUGAUGACCCCGAGCAAUGUCAAAUGCUUUUUAAAUUCGCAGACCGACGUGCGUGUGGUGUCCAUCACGAUGAAGACAGCGAUUCAGUGGUACGUGAAGACUUUAUCAUCGUGAAGCACCAAAUUGAAGACGCCGCAAGGUUGUUGGAAAGCAUCGGCAUGAGUAUUUCACACGACCUGGACGGAGAGGAUAGCUAUGAGAAGUUUCUCACUGGGGAGAUCACUCAGAUCUCUGAGGCUUUUACAAGCGUGGAGAAAUCUCUCCUGGAGUUGGAGGUCAAGUUUAAACAGAGUCAAGACAACGAUCUGAGAGGGGAGAACCAGCUCAAUGACUAUGUUCUGAAGCCUAUCUAUGAAGUUAAGGACGCACUCAGGGGGACAACGGACAUUUCAUUGGGACUCAGAGAUAAACAUGAACUGUUGUCUCUCAUUGUUCGCAGUCAAGGCUCAAGGUUGAGUCGCCUCAAGGCAGAUUAUCUCAAUGUAUAGUAUAAAUGUUAAAAACAAUUGUAAUUUGUUAUUAUCUAUGUAGUGGAAUAUAUGUUACUCAGAGUGUGUGUGUGUGUCUGUGUGUGUGUGUGUCAUAAGACUAUGACUCUUUAGCCCAAUAAACACCUGGAAAGUU